AUGACAGAGUCCUCCCUCUUAACCACGUAUCCCUUACCGAACCACUAUCCGGUUACCGCGGCUCCCUCUUUGGCCUCUCCCCUACCGAACGGUUCGCUUUCAGAUACAAAUCUUCAAGAAGAGGAGGAAUACACCAUCAAAUGCAUAUGCAUCUACACAGACGAUGAUGGCAACACCGUGUACUGUCCAAAGUGUGAUACUUGGCAGCACAUUGAAUGCUACUAUCAUGGGAAAAAAGUGCCCGAGGAGCAUUUCUGUGCAGAUUGUUUCCCCCGAGAUCUUGAUGCGAAGAAAGCGACUGAUCGGCAGAGGAGGCAUCGAGAGGCUCUCGAUGGCGGUGACCGGAAGGUCAAGAGACCAAGUUCGAAGAGUCAGAAGAAGAAGCACAAAGAGAAUGGCGCAACCGUCGACCAGGUCAACGGCUGGCAUCCAUUUGAUCGUCCCGAGUCUGUGGCCAGCGCAAGAGAUGGACCUCCUGCAAAGAAACCCAAAACCAAUCAUCGCGCGUCUGGGUCUAUCGUGUCGAUGAAUGGGGACUCGAGGAAACGGGCACCUUCUACCGCUCAGUCCUACCCUAGCCCUUCCAAAUCACCUCAAGACCUUUUCCGUUUCCCGGCCAUUCCUACCUACACCCCCGAAUUCCUCGAGCUGUACGAUCGCGAUCAAGGCAACACGAAUGCCAAGGACAACGAACAAACGAUUCAAGCUGCCAAUGCGUUGUCUGCCUGGAGAACCGAUCCGACUUUGGUCGUUGCUGGCUCUGGGCAACAACCCACAGCCAAAUCGCCCUUUGUGCACUCUGAUCAGCCGCUUGACCCGAAUACCUGGCCGGAUGUCUCGAUUGAGACUCUGACCAAGACAGACAUCGAAUAUGACGGGAAAUUCCCUACCUGGCGCUUCCUGCGACUACAGUCUCCUGUCAAGAAGGACGAGAUCGUGGGCGAAGUUCGAGGCCAGGUAGGCAUGCUGGAGGAAUACUGUCAGCAAAAAUCUUCCUCAAACAGGUGGCAAGAGCUUAGGCAUCCGGACCCUUUCGUGUUCUUUCACCCACACAUGGACAUCUACAUUGACAGCAGAAAAUCUGGCACACGGUUUCGUUACCUGCGAAGGUCAUGCCGACCCAACGUGACCCUCAAGACUUUUGUUUCGGACGACGACGAAACUCACCACUGCUUUGUUGCCAGCAAAGACAUCCCAGCCGGAUCUGAACUCACGACCACAUGGUUUCUGGAUUCAGGAAUGUUUUCCGUGGACGCUGUGCGGGAUGAUUCCGAACAAGCCCAGAAUCGACGCCUGGACUGGGUCAGUCGAGUUCUCGCCAAUUUUGGAGAUUGUGCCUGCGAUGCUGGGUCGGCUUGUCUGCUUGCUGGGUUUGAUCGAAGAUUUUCGCCCAGAUCUGUGGAGGCACUACAAAAGGAGAAAGCAGUGAAAAAGAAGAAAAGUAAGAACAAACCUGCCAUCUCGCCCCUGAGCACAGGACACGCCACCAACAGUCGAGCAGGAAGCGAACCGAAGUUGCUUGAAGACGACGAUCACUUCGACCGACGAUCCACUUCUGGGUCCUCUCGCAGCGGUGGACAGAGCCGAGACAUCACUCCAGUCAAUGUGGCGGCUCUAGACGCUGAUCCAGUACUGGGUGCUGGCCUUACCGCCCGCGAAUUGCGCAAAAUACAGAUGGCUGAGAGGGCUUUUGCGCAGCGAGAACAAGAAAAGAAAGAUCACAAGGACCCAGGCCCUCCAAGGAAGAAGAAACGCACAAGCGGCGGGUCGGCAUUGAACACUCCGAGCGCGAGUGCAUCGAAGCAAUUGGGCCACCCAGUCCCUUCACAGCCGACCACACCGAGUGCGAGGCAGACCAAGUCGGCUGAUCCGUCCUUGGAGUCUCCUCCACCUCCGCCGAGAGGAUCCUUGAGUCGAGCCAAGUCUACAGACGCGCCGAACCAGUCUGAUGCUCGAAGUAGACGGCCUGUCUAUGUCAGCGUCGCGGUUCAGACGGAGCCAGAAGAGUCCGAGUUGCCUAUGCCACCAGUCAAGAGGAGGAAGUUCUGUACACCAACCCAGAGAUUGCUCAGAAGGCUGUUGGAAGAUAGGGCAAGACAUGAACAAGAGCGCCAAAACCAGUCGUCUGCGCAGGAUCAUGCGGGAGAUGUGACAGGCUCAGCCGCGGCCGUUGAUGAUGUUAAGAUGAAAGAUGUGGACUCGGAGACAUCCGAGCGACAGCCUCUGGGUUCAUCCACAGGGGCUGUUGCAACUGGCAGCAGUCCACUCAAUGUCGGCUCAACGACCUAUCCUUUGCCUUCGCAAGCAGCCCAUACACUGCCAUCCUUUACGCCGCCGGCUGCACCUCGUCUGCAAUUGUCGACCUUGCCGCCCGUACCUGCAUUCCCUGGGUCAUCGUCGGCCGGCGCUGUGACAACUCCCGGUCCAGCCGCUUCGACUACCACACACUCGCCUGUGCCGACCAGUGCAGCGUCCAGCUCCUUCCCGCUACCUACGCCUUCCGUAGUGACGCCAAGUCCAGCGAGAAAGAAACUCAGCUUGGGCGACUAUAUGAGUCGACGUGCCGCGUCCACACCUUCAAUCGAGAAGACUCAAACGCAACUUGGGAUGGACAGCGGAGACUCAGAUCGGGCGAAAGACUCAGAAGAGGGCCAAUCUUCGCCUAUUGUACCUCUCGAAGCUCCUGUCCAGGACGUGCGACAUGAAGAUGUGGACCGGCAGGCAUCGAGUCCAGGAGAACCCACCGGUGCCGCAGUUGAGGACCCUGCCGCUCAGGAUGCAGAACCCGAGUACCAGCCCCCUCCUGCAAUAUCAAAUGAUGGGCAAGCCGAUCCGCCGCCUGUCUCAUCAAGCGAGAACGUUGCAUCAUCAACAGAUGGGGCAUCCAGCGUACCCUCUGCAGUGUCCAAUGUUCUUGCGCAGCUUGCGCAAUUACAAGGCAAAUGA